AAACAUUGCAGACGACUAUUAAACAACCCUUAACCUUUAAUGGACGCGUGUUGGUGGUUUUCGUUUACAAACAAGGUUGACAUGUCAGCCUAACGUAUGGACAGAAUGAAGAACCGAAAAAAUGAGAAAAACACGGUAGAGCAAUAGCAUACAGAUUUUGGCAAUUGCAAUUAUUGGUCAUUUUCUGGAGUGUGUGAAAUGAAUGUAUGAUGGAUAAGUGUUACAACACAGAUUAUAUUAGAAGUGCAACCGCUAAUAAGGUCAACAGGUUCCAAGCAAUAAGAGGUCAGGAUGUUGGAACUGUUGCAUUCUGGGAUAUUGUGGUAAUCACUGCAAGAGAUGAGAAUCAGAAAAGGGCAUAUGAACUGCAACUGAAUGAGAAACUUAAAAGUAAACAGCUCCCUCUUGGGGUGAAGUACCAUGCUAUUGCUGAUCCUCCUGAAGCCAAAGUUGGGAAUGGUGGAUCUACUAUGCAUGCUAUGUCCCAUUUGCAGACAAUAUAUGAAGAGAGCCUAGCGUUGAUGAAGGUACUUCUUAUCCAUGCCGGUGGCUAUAGCCAGCGAUUACCAAAUGCCAGUCUUUUGGGUAAAGCAUUCAUGCCUGUGCCUCUAGGGGAUCCAUUGUAUCAAAUGCUGGAGAUGAAGUUGAUAACAUAUAUUGACUUUCCUUCAAGAAUGGAUCCAGGGGUGUUUGUAUGCUCUUCAGACACUUUAGAACUCUUUGUUCUGAGUGGCAGUGAUCAGCAGGAUCAGUGGUCUUUCAAAACACCAGGAUUCACAGCUCUGGCACACCAGUCAUCAUUAUUACUUGGCACAACUCAUGGCGUGUUUGUCUUGCAAGAGGAUUUAGAACUAGAGUCUUGUGAUUCUAAAUUAGUUGAAUGUCUUCAGUUUCUUCAUAAACCUUCUGUGGAGGUCAUGCAAGAGCAGGGUGCCAUAAGGAAGCAUUCUCCACUAUCAGUGAAGACUUCCAAAGAUUUUGUCUACACAGACAGUGCUUAUUAUAUGGACUUCUCUACUGCCAGCAGACUUAUUAAAUUCUAUCGGGAUCAUGCACCAAUACUUUGUGAAAUUGAUGCAUACGGUGACUUCUUGCAAGCUCUUGGUUGCAGAGCAACACCAGAAUAUACAAAGAAUUCAGUAAAUGUUAGCAACGAGACAGAUACACUUGUUGAAACAAGAGAAAAAGUAUUCAAUCUUCUCUCUAGGACAUCAUUCAAUGUCAUUGCUUUUAGUGACUCAGUUUUCUACCAUCUUGGAACAACCACAGAAUAUCUUAAGCACCUCUGUGACGAUGCAGAACUACAGAACCAGUUGUGCAUCAAUAACCAUGCUGCCAACACAUCUGAGGAACCUGAUAACAAGAAGAUGAAAGUAAGUAAAGAUGGCACAAAGAAGAUGUGUUUGAUGCAUUCAUUAGUUGAUAAUCAUGUGGAUCAAACUCAUUUGUCAGUUGUGGAGUACAGCUAUCUAAGGAAUGUCAGAAUUGGCAGUAACUGCAUCAUUAGUAACUGCAGACUCGAGUCUAAGCAAUUGGUGGCAGUUCCUGACAACACAUUCCUCAGCACUGCAUGCAUCCAAAAUAACAGAACACCAGAUGUCUAUGUCACAUUUAUAUUCAGCAUCCAUGAUGACUUAAAACAAUCUUCAGAAUCUGUAGCUGAUUUAAUGUUUAUUGGGCACAAAAUAAAAGAAAUUUUCUCAGAUAAGUCUGAACAGAUUAGAACCAAGUUGUUUCCUCACAAUGUCAAAGUUUGUAAGCUAUGGGAAAUGAAACUCUUCACUCCUGCUCAGACAAUGGAGGAUUCCAUACGUAUAGCUUUGAAGUUGCAGAUGGGUAUCUUGUCUGGUUUAAAGGUGAAUGUUGAUAUGUUUGCUAAUUCCUUGUCCAUGGCCAGCAUACUAGAAAUGAAGGACAUUGAGGACAUUCUUCGCUAUAGAAAAAAUCUGUUCAAACUCAUAAAGAACCUAUGAUUUUAUAUAUACCGUAUUCUAUAUAUGCGAAUACUCGCCCCGUUUGAAUAAGCGCCCCUCUCAAAUAAGUGCACCCUCAAUUUUGUUUUUGUUUUUUUUAUUCGUUUUUCAAAACAAUAUCAUGUGAUACUGUUUUAGCAAUCCAGUUAUCUAAGCGAUCCUGGAAUUGUAGUUGGCAUGAUUUGAGCUGCGGAGUGGAUUCAAGUUUUCUUUUAUGAAUUUUAAAAUGAGGAUAUUUCUCCUGGGUAGAUGAGAGCUCCCUGGACAGUUUUUUUCCCACUUCUUUCUUCCUACAUUUGUCUAGUCUUACUUCUCUUUCUCUUUUCCCGACAAUGUGUAACUUUAGCACAUUUUCAUCUGAGUAUGCAAGAAACCCUGCAAUGAUCCUGCUAAUCUCAAUCGGUAGAUGGCAACAAGAUUCAAGCUAUUCUUUUUUUUUAAUAAAAAAAAAA